AAGCUUCAGGCGAUACAGUCUGUUCCUGACGCUGAUUCGGUCCUUAUCUUCACAGCCCAGCUCGAUGCUCAGCUACAAAAGACCCGAAAGAGCAUUACCCCUAAACUUUAUCCAAUCCUUCAAUCAGUUAAGGACUUCAGCGCCGUAGUCGAAACCUUUGUUUCCUCCAACCCGCAGAUUGCCGCUCUUAUCUGGGGAAGCGUAAAGCUGACGAUACACGUAAGACUAGAAACUCGACCUUUGUUUCUUGCCCCCUAG